AUGUCGGACGACGAUGAUUUCAUGCAAGACUCCGAUCAGGAGCAAUACGACUUUGAAUAUGAAGACGAUGACGAGGCAGAGAGCGGCGACGUAGACAUUGAGAACAAAUACUACAACGCCAAACAACUGAAAGUGGACAACCCGGAAGAGGCAGUACAGGAGUUUCUAGGGGUGCCAGAGCUAGAACCAGAGAAAGGCGACUGGGGCUUCAAGGGACUCAAGCAAGCCAUCAAACUGGAAUUCGCGCUCGGCCGUUACGAGGACGCCGUCAGACAUUACAAAGAACUCCUCACGUACGUUAAGUCCGCGGUGACGAGAAACUAUUCAGAAAAGUCGAUCAACAACAUGCUGGAUUACAUUGAGAAGGUUGCCACUGAGCAGAGGGCGUACAAGUGUAUGGAGGAGUUCUACUCCCUGACUCUUCAAACCUUCCAGAGCACCAACAACGAGAGACUGGCGUUGAAGACAAAUCUCAAGUUGGCCAAACUCUAUCUCGACAAGAAAGACUACGCCCAGCUCACAAACAAGGUGCGGGAAAUCCACCAGGCAUGUCAAAAAGAGGAUGGAACCGACGACCCAGGCAAAGGGACCUAUUCUUUGGAGGCAUACGCGCUCGAGAUCCAGAUGUACGCGGAGAUGAAGAACAACAAGCGUCUCAAAACUCUCUACCAGAAGGCUCUGACAGUCCGCUCUGCAGUUCCACAUCCCAAGGUACAAGGCAUUAUCCGUGAAUGUGGAGGCAAAAUGCACAUGAGCGAAGAAAACUGGAAGGAGGCCCAAAGCGACUUUUUCGAGUCCUUCAAGAACUAUGAUGAAGCGGGCUCAAUGCAAAGAAUCCAAGUACUGAAGUAUCUCGUGCUAACCACAAUGUUAAUGAGGUCGACCAUCAACCCGUUCGACUCACAAGAGACCAAACCUUACAGGAACGACCCUCGCAUAUCUGCUAUGACGGAUCUUGUGGAUGCAUACCAACGCGAUGAUAUUCACCAAUACGAAUCCAUACUGAAGGAGAACCAAGACCUGCUCGCGGAUCCGUUCAUCGCUGAGAACAUUGACGAGGUCAGCCGCAAUAUGCGCACCAAGGCCGUCUCUAAGCUGAUUGCCCCGUAUUCCCGCUUCACCCUCGAGUUCAUCUCCAAGCACAUCAAGAUCCCUGUGAGCGAAGUCGAAGACAUACUAGGUGUGUUGAUUGUGGACAAGAAGCUCAAUGCGAAAAUCAACCAAGAAAAUGGCACGGUCGUGGUGGAAACUGGGGCUAGUGCCACAGAUCAUCUCUCACGGCUGCGUGACUGGGCGUCUGCGGUAGAAACCCUGUCGUCGGCCGUGCUGAACGAUGGAGAAGGAUUCAAGCUUGAAGACAGCCAGGGUCCAGGGGCAUUUGGUGGAAUGAUGGGUUUUCCCUUGGCAUUUGAGACCGGCAAUGCCAUCCCGACUCGCGGUCUAGGCCGCAGGGGUCUUGGUCGGGGUGGUCGAGGGGGGGGCAAGCUACUCGUAACCUCUUGA